CCUAUUUCCCCAAUUUCCUUCCUCUCUCUCUCUCUCUCUCUCUCUCUCUCUCUCGAUAUCUUCCACUUCAUCUCAGCGGCUGACAGAGGUCGGGCGAACGAAUAUUUCAGAUGGAGCUUGCACAUCGUAGAUGGAUGUAUAAUCGAAUUUAUCCUAAUCGUAGUGGGUUGAGGGAGGAAUUUAUAGAAGGGGUUGCUGAAUUCAUGGCUAAAACAAAAGCACUUCAUAAAUUUCUCAGUGAAGGGGUGAUUAGGUGUCCUUGUAUGAAAUGCAAGUGCGAAAAGUUAUUACAACCAGAUGUUGUUAAAGUUCAUCUUUAUAAAAAAGGAUUUAUGGAAGGAACAUCCCGUACAAACAUGGAGGAAGAUCCCGCCGAUGAACGUGAAACAAGCGAGGAAGAAUCAUUUGAUGAAAAUGAAACAAGCGAUGAGGAAGAAUUACUUGAUGAAAAUGAAACAAGCGAUGAGGAAGAAUUGCUUGAUGAAAAUGAAACAAAAUAAUGAAUAUCAAUCAAGCGAAGAGGAUUGGCAUAUGGCGCCGGGUAAAAAAAAGAAGAUAAGACACGAUACCCAGCUUCCUCAGUACACUUCAGGAAAAGGAAAAAGUGAGACUUGUGACUUAUGUUGAGGUCUUUGAGGACAAACAUAUGAAAAAGAAAAAGGAUGGGACAAGAGAAUGGGUCGAGCCGCGUGCUGCGAGGACAUAUGAAGCCUAUCAGCAACGUUUUGAGGAAUGGCUUCAAAGUCAACCCGAUUCCGAGGAUGGUAGCUCAACCCAAGUGUCUCUCAAUGAUAUAGCUUCAAUAUGGACGGAGGAAGCCUAUCAGCAACGUUUUGAGGAAUGGCUUCAAAGUCAACCCGAUUCCGAGGAUGGUAGCUCAACCCAAGUGUCUCUCAAUGAUAUAGCUUCAAUAUGGACGGAGGAAGCCUAUCAGCAACGUUUUGAGGAAUGGCUUCAAAGUCAACCCGAUUCCGAGGAUGGUAGCUCAACCCAAGUGUCUCUCAAUGAUAUAGCUUCAAUAUGGACGGAGGAAGCCUAUCAGCAACGUUUUGAGGAAUGGCUUCAAAGUCAACCCGAUUCCGAGGAUGGUAGCUCAACCCAAGUGUCUCUCAAUGAUAUAGCUUCAAUAUGGACGGAGGAAGCCUAUCAGCAACGUUUUGAGGAAUGGCUUCAAAGUCAACCCGAUUCCGAGGAUGGUAGCUCAACCCAAGUGUCUCUCAAUGAUAUAGCUUCAAUAUGGACGGAGGAAGCCUAUCAGCAACGUUUUGAGGAAUGGCUUCAAAGUCAACCCGAUUCCGAGGAUGGUAGCUCAACCCAAGUGUCUCUCAAUGAUAUAGCUUCAAUAUGGACGGAGGAAGCCUAUCAGCAACGUUUUGAGGAAUGGCUUCAAAGUCAACCCGAUUCCGAGGAUGGUAGCUCAACCCAAGUGUCUCUCAAUGAUAUAGCUUCAAUAUGGACGGAGGAAGCCUAUCAGCAACGUUUUGAGGAAUGGCUUCAAAGUCAACCCGAUUCCGAGGAUGGUAGCUCAACCCAAGUGUCUCUCAAUGAUAUAGCUUCAAUAUGGACGCAGGUAGUUAGUGGCGCAAAGAAAGGUAGAACCUACGGUCUUAGAUCACAAUAUUCCGUUUGUCAUUCUACGACAUUGUUGUCCGGUGAUGCGAGUUAUUCGCAAGAUCAAGAAAAGGUGGAAGCAUUACGAAAAGAAGUUGAAGAGUUGAAGGAGGAACGGAAAGAAGAUCGCGCAAAUUAAACAAAUUGCAGAGUCUAGUGAAGAAAUUUAUUAGCGGACGUCCAUUUGAUCCUUUGAAUGGCGAGGAUGGCGGGGAUAAUGAGUUUUAGUUUGUUAUGGUUAUGAUGUUUGAGACAUUAUUAUUUGUUGUAGUUGGAUGUUUAGACUUGGUAAUAUUUACACUUGACUAUGAUUGUAAUGUUUUAGACUAGAUUGAAUGGUGCUAGAAUGUUUAACUCUUUUUGGAUGUUUUAGUUACAAGUAUUUAUGUUUUGCA